CGAUCGCUCGCUCCCUGCCCGAACCUGCGGCCAGCGAUCUUCCGCGGAGUGCUGGUCCGUUCUGCAGCCAGGCGGAGGGACCGGCGGCUGCGCAAGGUGCAGGAGCUGAGAGGCUUGAGUGCCAGCGGCAUUGGAUCGGCGGUGUUGCGGUGCCGGCGGUUGUGCGGAGGAGAUGUGCGCGGCGGGGAGGCGCUGGGGCCGGCGGCAGCGAGCUCUGCUCUGCGCCGUCCUGCUGGCGGCGUGGCAGGCGGCGUGGGGGCAGCUACGCUACUCGGUGCCCGAGGAGAUGCCCAAGGGCUCCUUUGUGGGCGACGUGGCCAAGGACCUGGGGCUGCAGCUGCCGGAGAUCCGAGACCGCGGUGUUCAUAUCUUGGACAAAGGUAGGACGCAAUAUUUCGCUCUGCACGGGAAGACGGGACAUUUAGUGACAGCGGCGAGGAUCGACAGAGAGCAGCUGUGCGAGGAAGUGCAGCAAUGCGUGAUGCGCUGUGAGCUGGUAGUAGAGGGAAAGAUGCAGGUUUAUGUGAUCCAAGUGGAAAUCUUGGACAUUAAUGACAACGCGCCGAGCUUUCGAGAGGCAGAAACAGAGCUGAAAAUGAUCGAAACGACAGCCCUGGGAUCGCGGUUUCCCCUGCCAGACGCUCACGAUCCUGACUCGGGCCGGAAUUCCCUGCAGAGCUACGAGCUGAGCGGCGACGAGCACUUCUCGCUGGCCGUGCAGGCGGGCCCCGGCGGCGAUCAGCGUCCCGAGCUGGUGCUGGCCAAGGCGCUGGACCGGGAGGAGGCGGCGUUUCACGAGCUGGUGCUGAGGGCGAGCGACGGCGGCGAUCCGGCACGGACGGGCACGGCUCGGAUCCGCGUGACGGUGCUGGACGCGAACGACAACGCGCCCGUGUUCAGCCAGGCGGAGUACACGGUGCGUGUGCCCGAGGACGUGCCCGUGGGCUCCGUCCUCGUCACUGUCACGGCUACGGACGCCGACGAGGGGCUGAACGGACAGAUGAAAUACUCGUUUAAGAAAAUC